GGUCAGGAUGCCCUGGGUGCCUCUCUGCUGGUGAGGAUGCUCUGCUGCGCGGCUCUGCAUCCCCAGCCCCGGUCCCUGGUGGGCACGACUGAGUGGGCCCGACUUCGGCCCCUCGUGCUGGUGGAUGAAAAGCGCCGGAGUCCCUGAGUACGAUCAGCGGUCGAACCUGAAUUUUAAGAGCCAUGGACGAAGGCACUGGGCUGCAGCCCCCGGCGGGAGAGCAGCUGGAAGCACAAGUCACAGUAGGAGCUGUCCACGAGAAGUGCGACCCAGAGACCUUUAGGUCCAAGAGUUUACCGGUCCUGAAUAGCGCCUCCUGCCGGCCAGACCUCAGUCCUGCGAAUGCAGGAGCCAAGCCAGCCAUGGGCUGUACAGAUUCUUUGGGCCAUCAGGUGUUGAAGCAAGGCCCAAGACGGCUGGCCCCCAGUCCCUCUGCUCCUUCCACUUCCGCAGAGAUGGCAGGGCUCAUGGAAUGUAACCACAGGGUGGAAGUCAGCAAAGCUGUGUCGGUGUCCUCCACUUUGGCCACGCUCCAGGGGAGAAGGUGCCUCUAUGUGGUCCUCACUGAUUCCCGUUGUUUCCUGGUUUGCAUGUGCUUUCUGACCUUCAUCCAGGCGUUAAUGGUGUCUGGGUACCUGAGCAGUGUCAUCACCACCAUCGAAAGGCGUUACAGUCUGAAGAGUUCUGAGUCGGGGCUGCUGGUCAGCUGCUUUGACAUUGGGAGCCUGGUGGUGGUGGUGUUCGUCAGCUACUUUGGCGGCCGGGGUCGGAGGCCCCUGUGGCUGGCCGUGGGUGGACUUUUCAUUGCCGUGGGGGCUGCUCUCUUUGCUUUACCUCACUUCAUCUCGCCUCCCUACCAGAUCCAAGAGUUGAAUGCCUCGGCUUCAAACGAUGGCCUGUGUCAGAAUGGCAACUCCACGGCGCCUUCGGACCCUCCCGCCUGCCUGAAGGACUCAGGAGGAAAUAAUCAUUGGGUCUAUGUGGCUUUAUUCAUUUGUGCACAGAUUCUCAUUGGGAUGGGUUCCACACCUAUUUAUACCUUGGGACCAACCUACUUAGAUGACAAUGUCAAGAAAGAAAACGCAUCCUUGUACCUAGCCAUCAUGUAUGUCAUGGGAGCACUUGGUCCUGCAGUGGGAUAUUUACUAGGUGGACUUCUUAUUGGUUUUUAUGUCGAUCCCAGAAAUCCUGUUAACCUUGACCAGAAUGACCCUCGUUUCAUUGGAAACUGGUGGAGUGGAUUCCUCCUUUGCGCCAUUGCAAUGUUUCUUGUGAUAUUCCCAAUGUUUACUUUUCCAAAAAAGCUUCCUCCUCGACACAAGAAAAAGAAAAAGAAAAAAUUUUCUGCUGAUGUUGUUAGUGAUGAUGACGUUAUGAAGGAGAAAUCAAACAAUAGUGAACAAGUGGACAAAAAAGUUUCUUCUAUGGGAUUUGGAAAGAAUGUCAGAGACCUACCAAGAGCAGCUGUCAGGAUCUUAAGCAACAUGACAUUCCUUUUUGUGAGUUUGUCAUACACAGCUGAGAGUGCCAUUGUAACUGCUUUCAUUACCUUCAUUCCCAAGUUCAUCGAGUCCCAGUUUGGUAUCCCAGCUUCCAAUGCCAGCAUCUACACUGGUGUAAUUAUUGUCCCCAGUGCUGGUGUUGGCAUUGUCCUGGGAGGCUACAUUAUAAAGAAACUGAAACUUGGUGCAAGAGAAUCUGCUAAACUUGCCAUGAUCUGCAGUGGUGUGUCUUUACUGUGUUUUUCAACCCUAUUUAUUGUUGGGUGUGAAAGUAUUAAUCUAGGAGGCAUAAACAUCCCAUAUACAACAGGACCUUCUCUCACCAUGCCUCACAGGAACCUGACAGGAAGCUGCAAUGUUAAUUGUGGUUGUAAGAUACACGAAUAUGAGCCAGUCUGCGGAUCAGAUGGAAUUACAUACUUUAACCCUUGUCUGGCUGGCUGUGUUAACAGUGGUAAUCUUAGUACUGGGAUAAGGAAUUACACAGAAUGCACCUGUGUCCAAAGCCGGCAAGUGAUCACUCCACCCACGGUGGGACAGCGCGGUCAGCUCCGUGUGGUUAUUGUCAAAACCUAUCUCAACGAGAACGGCUAUGCUGUGUCCGGGAAGUGCAAACGAGCCUGCAAUACCCUUAUCCCGUUCUUAAUUUUUCUCUUCAUUGUCACCUUCAUCACAGCAUGCGCCCAACCAUCAGCCAUCAUAGUGACACUCAGGUCAGUAGAAGAUGAGGAGAGACCUUUUGCGCUGGGAAUGCAGUUUGUUUUACUGCGAACACUUGCAUACAUUCCUACGCCAAUUUACUUCGGCGCCGUCAUCGACACCACGUGCAUGCUGUGGCAACAGGAAUGUGGAGUGCAAGGCUCUUGCUGGGAGUACAACGUGACAUCGUUCCGUUUUGUCUAUUUCGGUUUGGCGGCUGGCCUCAAAUUUGUCGGCUUUAUUUUCAUUUUCCUGGCCUGGUACUCCAUUAAGUACAAGGAGGACGAGCUGCAGAGGCGACGGUGGAGAGAAUUCCCUCUGAGCACUGUGAGCGAGGUGGUGGGUCACACGGACAACGCCGCGAAGUAUGCCCGGACUAGAUCGUGCCCGGCUUUCAGCAGCCAGGGGGACUUCCGCGAAGAGACUGGUCUGCAGAAAGGGAUCCAGUACACAGCACAGACCUAUCCGGGGCCCUUCCCCGAAGCAAUAAGCUCCUCCCCGGACCCGGGGCUGGAAGAGAGCCCGACUGCCAUGUAGCCUCCCUCCUGA